UAUAUACAGCGACAGCGUACCAGUUUUUGCGCGACUUCUAUCCUUCAGAUUUUAGUUAACUCGUCUUCAGUCUAAAACUUAAAAUAUGCCCAAGCAAAGUCAUGCCAAGGCCGACCGCCAAAGAGAACUGGCCAGGCGAUUCAAAAUGGGGAAGAAACUGGAGAAAGGCUUGAAGGAGAAGAACCAGUCUGCUGCCAGUCAAGAUACGCCAGAUGAUCAGGGAAGCAGAACACCAGAACCAUAUGCCUGCACCGGACAGUUCCAGAAUGAUUUUACAGAGCUGUGUCGUCGGAGUGGUUUGACAGUUAUCCCCCCUGUCAUUAUGCGCCCCCGUCUCCCUCCCUCAGUUACUUCACACACACCUUCAGAAGGGAAAGGUGAGAAGGGCAAGAAGGGACAACAACAACAACAGCCAGAACCGGAUCCUGAAGCAGAGUUGAGUGAAGACAAAGAGCCCUCUGAGCCUCCCCCAAAGACGUACACAACACGGCCUACGUUUGAGUACUUCAAGCCAUGUGUACAGGUGGACAUGGAGAAUCCAGAUCGCCUAGACACUGUUACAGAGGUCUUCAUCAGGGGCUGGAAAAUCGACAUCAUUAUGAUGCGAACAUUUGAACAGUGCUGGCCUAUGAUGGAAAAGCUUCACACUGUUAAUCUUUGGAAUGCAGGUCUAACAGGGGAAACCAUCACAAGCCUGGCUUCCUUUCUCCCCCAUUGUGCUAAUGUCAGAACUCUUGUCUUGGAUGGCAAUACAGUCAAGGAAGAGAACUAUCAUCUGUUGAUCAACGAUGAAAGUCUACUCCAGAACCUGUCCUUGCGACACUGUGGUUUGACCGAUGUCGGUGCUGAGAGGUUGGGGAAGUCCCUGGGUACUCCCCAGAAGUACAAUCUCAAACUACUAUCCCUGAACCUGACAGGAAACAGAAUCACAGACGUAGGAGUUGAGCACCUGGCUAAGGGUUUGCGUAUGAACAGAGCCUUGCUGUCUUUGUCUCUGGCAAACAAUCAGAUUGGAGACAAAGGUGCUUGCAUGCUGGCUGAGGUAUUAUCCCGAUUUGUUCUCACCCAUGAGGAAACGGUGGAAAGAAGAAAACUCAAGUCUGACAGUACUUCCCCUGAAAGGUUGAAAUCUCCGACGAAUCGCCGAGCAGAUUCCCGAGACCGUCCGAACAGUGUACGUUCUAAUACUCACAUGGACAAGUCUCGACGGGACAAGUCCUCGAAGAAGACCAAGCCUGAGGGAAAACCUGGAAAGGAGGUGAAAGAAGAGACGAAAGGAAAGAAAGCUGAGAAGGAUGACAAAGGUGGCACAAAGAAGGGAGCUUCGUUGGUGGCAGAUGCUGGCAAAACCAUGUCCAAGACAAAAGACACCAAAAAGAAAAAAGAAAAGAGUGGGACACCUCAAGACUCAGAGGUGAUUGAUGGUCCAGAUCACAUCAUGGCCUUGACUGAACCUGUGGACUAUAUAGAUGGAAGUCUGUGGAUCUCUGGCAACAGGGUUCUUAUUAACCUCAACCUCUCCAGGAAUCAAAUAGGAGAGACUGGGAUGUCAGCCAUACUGAAGGCCAUCCAGUACCAGACUACACUGACUCAGCUGGAGAGUAAAUCAGCUGGAACUGGACUAAUGAGGGUGUCUCUACUGAAAAAUGCACUUCCUAAUGACCAUGACAUCCUGAAGAAGAUAAAUGAGCUGAUGGGGCCUAAGGACCCCUACUACAAGGCCACGGCCAAGACCCCAGAAGAAGAACCUGUUGUCAGUAAGUCAGGCUGAGCUCAAGAUAAGAUGUUCAAGAAAAAUUCAAAAUGGCCGUUCCCUUGCUUGCCCAAGGAUUUGUAGCCGUGUUUGUGCUGGUUUCUCGAGCUCCAGGACCUCCGAAUGCGUAUCUGUGAUAUUGAACUUUAAACUCGGGUAUCAUUGUUCUACGUUUACUUGUUUAUGGUAGGCAUACUACUACUGCUGGCGGAAGACUAGAUUAAAAUGGGUGAACUUCGUUACACUUUGGACCUCUGGUUCCAUAAGAGACCGUUAUUUGUGUUAUGUAUCACAAUUGGGCAUCGAGAGAUAUAAGUGUUGGAACACUUGAAGACAAACUUUAUGGACAUAUGCCUAUAUUAUGUACAUUUGUACAUUCGUAUAUGUAUACAUUCUUUUUUUACUCAUAUUCAUUUUGUAAAUAGAACAAUAAAUCAGUAUAAAUGU